AUGGGGACGGCGCUUCUCCAGCGCGGGGGCUGCUUUGUCCUGUGCCUCUCGCUGCUGCUCCUGGGCUGCUGGGCAGAGCUGGGCAGCGGGUUGGAGUUCCCGGGCGCCGAGGGCCAGUGGACGCGCUUCCCCAAGUGGAACGCCUGCUGCGAGAGCGAGAUGAGCUUCCAGCUCAAGACGCGCAGCGCCCGCGGCCUGGUGCUCUACUUCGACGACGAGGGCUUCUGCGACUUCCUGGAGCUGAUCCUGACGCGCGGCGGCCGCCUGCAGCUCAGCUUCUCCAUCUUCUGCGCCGAGCCCGCCACGCUCCUGGCCGACACGCCGCUCAACGACGGCGCCUGGCACACCGUGCGCAUCCGCCGCCAGUUCCGCAACACCACGCUCUUCAUCGACCAGGCGGAGGCCAAGUGGGUGGAGGUCAAGUCCAAGCGCAGGGACAUGACGGUGUUCAGCGGCCUGUUCGUCGGCGGGCUGCCCCCGGAACUGCGCGCCGCGGCCCUCAAGCUCACGCUGGCCUCGGUGAGGGAGCGGGAGCCCUUCAAAGGGUGGAUUCGCGACGUCAGGGUCAACUCGUCGCAGGCCCUGCCCGUGGACAGCGGCGAGGUGAAGCUGGACGACGAGCCGCCCAACAGCGGCGGCGGGAGCCCGUGCGAGGCGGGCGACGAGGGCGAGGGCGGGGUGUGCCUCAACGGGGGCGUGUGCUCCGUGGUGGACGACCAGGCCGUGUGCGACUGCUCGCGGACCGGCUUCCGCGGCAAGGACUGCAGCCAAGGUCUGGCGCACCUGAUGAUGGGCGACCAAGGUAUGGGCUCUGUUCCUUUUCCACUCUGCUUUCAGUGUUUUCUUGUCCUGUAG